AUGCCGAGGACGUCGGGGGUCUGGCUGCUGGUGGCGAUGGUGUGCCUGGCCGCCACGGCGGCGAGGGCGUACGACGACAUGGCCGACGUGACCACCUACUGGCAGAAGCGCACGCAGGAGACCCGGUUCAAGCGCGGCGGCCCCCUCACCGACCUCGUCAACGCGGCGGCUCGUUACCACCAGGAGCUCAACGGCAACAAGUAUGGCGGCGGACGGUAUCUUCUCCAGGAGAAGGCUGAAGCCCCCGCCGCCGACUCUACCGCCUCGACGGCCACGGAAACGGCCACCUCUACCGCCUCUACGGGCGCAGCAGCUCCUCCAGUUGUCCAGAACACACUGGCGGAUCACGAAAUGAUUGGCGCCUAA